GAGUGCUAGGAUUACAGGCGUGAGCCACUGCACCUGGCCGAUUUUUUAAAAUUUUUGGAUAGGUUACUUUUCCAUAAUGCAUAGUUCAAUAUUCAAAACUUACAAAAGAUUCAGUGAAAAACCUCCCCCUGCCUCCUCCCCUAACCUCUCUGUUCCCCUCCUCAAGAGCAACCGAGAUUACCAGGUUUUUGUGUCUCCUCCCAGAGUUGUUUUAUAUACAUGUGGGCAAAUGUGCACACAAAAUGCAGAUAGGUUGUCCCCUUCUCCUUUCCCACACAAUUGUAGCAUACUAGAAACACCACCGCUUUUUGCUCAGUUUAUAUUUGAGAGUGUAUGUAUGGGGUGUGUGUGUGUGUGUGUGUGUGUGUGUGUGUGUGUGUGUGUGUGACUGCCACAAAGCAGUACAGGAAGAGCUUCCUCAGUCUUUCAACGGUUGUAUAAUGGCACAUUUACAGAUGGACCAGAUCGCUAGGUAUUUUGGCUGUUUUCAGUAUCUUACUCUUACAAGCAAUGGUGAUAUAAAUGGUCCUGACAAAUGUGCAUGUCUCUCUGCUGUAGCCGUCUGUUUCCGGGAGGGCCAAUGAUGCCGACCGCCGUGCAGUCUACCAGUAUUCCCGUACUGCACUGGAGCCUCAUCCCAGAGUAUUCCAGUCCUCGGCCUGCUACUAUGAAGAGGGAAGGAUGGAACCAGGAUGGAGCUUCCUGCCAGUGCCUUCCAGCUGCCUGCGAGUCCCUCCUGCCUCUGCUCACCAUCAGAUUUCUCUCAUCCUUCCUUGUGGUCCCAGCCCAGCAGGUCUCCCCUCCUCUGAAGCCCUGGAGCUGGGACAUCCUUCCCCUCAAGGUCUCAGCCCUCCCCACCAGCUUAUCAGAUCUUUCCCCCAAGGAGACAGCUCAGUCCUUCCCCAGGCGGCAUUUCGAGCUGUUUCCAUUUAACACACCCCCUUUUCUGAUGACAGGAGCAAGAGGUCUCCAGGUGUUCAGGUCUCAGGUCUCAUAGGCAGCACUUCUUCAUUUCCAGUCAUCUUGCGCCACAUAGGAGGCUGGUGAGGGCAAACUGUCACCCUGUGGAGAGGGACCUUAGCCACACACAGCCUUGUAGCCAAACAGCCAGGCUUGUCAAGGCCAAGCUCAUCACAGGAAUGAGCCAAAGACCACAGCACACUUUGGGGGGAUUUAAUUAUGCCUUAUGCCUUUUAUCAAAACUACUAAACAUAAAUAGUGAUUAUAAUUAGGACAUUUACCGAAACAACACAAGUUCAUUUACUAAUAGCUAAUUGUCCUCUAUCAUUGCUUACUCUACCCUGGUUUCCCUUUCAGUCUCAAUUAGCACAACUUUUUUAACUUUUUAAUUUAUAAUGAAUAUUUCAACUGAAGCAAAUCCCGCUCGUGUUGGACAGAUGGUUGACGUCCAAAGCCCCCGGGAUGGCUCUGGUUAGCCACUGGUUUGUGCGUGUUUCAGGCAGGAGAAACGUUUGGGCUGAUCAUUUGCAAGCUCGCAUCACCAUCAACUUUUAUCGUCCUUCAAACUCCCUUUUCUCCCUUGGAUUUCUCUUCCAUUCCUCGCCCAGCAGGGGCCGGAAGCCAGGCAGCAGCAUGCCGUAAUGGCCCAUGUGCUAAGCCUCAUAAAGUUAUUUUUCUCAAUUAAUGGUUUCACUGACAAUUUUACUGCUCUGCUCUCAGCUCCCGGAUUCCCUCAGGCGUCUGUACACGGGUCUACAACAAGCCUCGUCCAGCCCAGCAAAAUCGGCCCCUUGGAAUACAGACUGCCCUAUUUAACGAAGCUCAUCUCGCUCUCUUUUUGGGGGAACAUAACACUUGAAAAUACACUUAAACAGAAAGUAAUAGAGCUUUCAAGCAGAGCUAUAAAAGUGAUUUAUUCAUGAGUACCUACUUACUCGUCUCCCAGUUGACAUCCAUUUUAUAUUAAUUUUCCUCAAGAGUGUUUCCUCGGCUCUUUUCAAAAUCUUUACUACUAUAUACGAAUUUUUUAUGCCACCCUAUUCCUUUCUACUUUGCACCAAAGACUCUCAUGUGCUGAAAGAGAUCCACGGGGCUGCAGAACCACUUUUUGGGAAACUCUGCUGUGAAGUGAUCAUGUUCCCUAGUCACAAUUACUGACUUUAGUAGGUAGUGUGUUUGCUGUUUUUAAUUAGGGAAAGAAAAGUUCUUAAUUCAUUUUUCUGAUGUUAGUGUAAAUGCACUUUUGUGACCGUGCUCCGCUGGCAGCAGGGGAGCUGUGGAAAGCAUCCUUGUCUCUUAGGUUCCUGGAACCCCCCUUACAGAGAAGCAAUUUCAGGCAGCCCCUGCCCCUGCCCCAAAGGACUCAUGACAGAAGAAAGAACAAAUAAUCAUAAUACUCCCUUUAUACUGUAUAGUUUUCAAAGCAGUUUCAUACACAUCAGCUCAUCCACUCUUUUGGUCAAUAGAUGAGAAAACAGAGGCUCAGAGAGAUUAAAUAAAGGGCAUCUUCAAGGUCACACGUCUCAUCUGUCAGUCAGUGUCAGAGACCAGGAUUUAAACCACCAUUUGAUGAUUCUGAUUAAAAAAAAGUCUAUC